CGUUGGCUUGAAAGUGUAGUCCCGGUAUACAGAAGAGCGACAGAGGAGGAAUUUCAAUUAGUUAAUGGCAAUUGGAAAUAUGGAUCAUUUUUUUCGACUCUCCUUACACAAAGCAAUUUAUAUCUUCCAUGGAUUAAGCGAAAAUUGCUAAUAGACGGAGUUACGUUUAAACAAAGAAAACUAAAUUCCCUCAAGGAACUAACUGGCGAAUUUGACAUCGUAAUAAAUUGCACUGGGCUUGGAGCACGUAAAUUAUGCGAUGAUAGACGUCUCGUUUCUAUACGCGGUCAAGUGCUCAAAGUAAAAGCACCGUGGAUCAAGACUUUCUUUUACGGCGAGCUCGACACUUAUGUUAUACCAGGUUUCCAUGGCAUGGUUACUCUAGGUGGAUCGAGAAGCUUCGAUUCCGAAAAUAUAAGAUUAUGUCCAUACGAAUCCGUAGCGAUUCGCGAAAGAUGUGAAACAUUGGUUCCAUCUUUGAAAGAUGCGGAACUCUUGCAACAAAAAGUCGGUUUACGACCACAUAGAGAAGGCGGUGUUAGAAUUGGAGAGGGAAAUAUCGUUAACAAUGGUUGCUCUAAUAAAACCAUAAUCGUACAUAACUAUGGACAUGGUGGUUACGGAGUUUGUAUGGCACCAGGAACUGCUAUUGCGACCGUCGACACAGUCAUCGAAUUUCAUAAAGCUACCUGCUCCAAAAUAUAAUUGCUAUAAUAUAAAAUUUUUGUUCGGUUUUGUAUGUUACAGAAAAACGUUCUUCUCUACCUGCAAAUGGAUAUAUUCUUUAUUAACGAAUUUGCAUACGAAAGUUAAUGAUCUAAUACUGCGCGGUAUUGUUUACUGAAAUGCACUUACAAUCAGAAUUUCUGAAGAUUUGUUAUCAGAUGUGAGAUACACGUUUAUUCCGCUGAUCGAAAGACGCAAUGAAGUUUUUUUUUUUU